AUGGUCUACACACUCACCGUCCACAUGUAUGCGAAGGACGAUCCGGAUGCGAUCGAGAGACUGAGGCUCAAGCUGAUCGAGGCGGCGCGCAUCUACCGCAAGGACAAGGAGACGGUCGACUGGUUUGUGAUGCAGGACGUCCACGACCCGCGGGCCUUCACUGUCGUCGAGCGCUUCGAGCAGGAGUCUUCUCAGAAAUACCACCUUGAGAACCCGUACUGGAAGACAUUCGACCCAUAUGUGAUACCUUUGUUGGCUAAGCCCAUGGAUUUGAGAAGACACGAAGAGUUGGACACAAGCAAGGAUGUCGUUGUUCCCCAGUAG